AUGGAACCCGCGGCGCCCGCGGGCCAGGCCCGGGCGGCAGCCAGCAAGCUGUCGGAGGCGAUGGGCGCAGUGCUGCAGGAUCCUCGGCGGCAGCGGCGCCUGGUGCUGGUCAUCGUGUGCGUGGCUCUCUUCUUGGACAACAUGCUGUACAUGGUCAUCGUGCCCAUCGUGCCCGACUACAUUGCCCACAUGCAUAAGGCCGGCAGGCCCACCACGAGCCCCAAAGUGCACACCCUGCAGGCGCCCACUCCAGCCAGUGGCAGUGACAACAUGGGCAACACCUCAGAGUCCCCGACGGAGAGUGAGGACGUGAAGAUCGGGGUGCUGUUUGCCUCCAAGGCCAUCCUGCAGCUGCUGGUGAACCCCCUGAGUGGGCCCUUCAUUGACCGUAUGAGCUACGACGUGCCGCUGCUUAUCGGCCUGGGCGUCUUGUUCGCCUCCACCGUGCUGUUCGCGUUCGCGGAGGACUAUGCUAUGCUCUUCGCUGCACGCAGCCUGCAAGGCCUGGGCUCAGCCUUUGCGGAUACGUCCGGCAUUGCCAUGAUCGCCGACAAGUAUCCUGAAGAGCCGGAGCGCAGUCGUGCGUUGGGCGUGGCGCUGGCCUUCAUCAGCUUCGGGAGUCUGGUGGCGCCACCCUUCGGGGGCUUCCUCUACGGGUUCGCGGGCAAGCCUGUGCCCUUUCUGGUGCUCGCCGCUGUUUCGCUGCUCGACGCGCUGUUGCUGCUGGUGGUGGCCAAGCCCUUCUCGGCCGUGACGCGGGCGCGGGCCAACCUGCCGGUAGGCACACCCAUCCACCGCCUCAUGCUGGACCCUUACAUCGCCGUGGUGGCCGGGGCACUCACCACCUGCAACAUCCCCCUCGCCUUCCUCGAGCCCACCAUCGCCACGUGGAUGGAGCACACGAUGGCGGCGUCUGAAUGGCAGACGGGCAUGGCCUGGCUGCCAGCUUUCGUGCCGCAUGUGCUAGGUGUCUACCUCACCGUGCGCCUGGCGGCGCGCUAUCCACACCUGCAGUGGCUGUACGGAGCACUAGGGCUGGCAGUGAUCGGCGCCAGCUCUUGCGUGGUGCCUGCCUGCCGCUCCUUCGCACCACUGGUGAUCUCACUCUGCGGCCUCUGCUUCGGCAUCGCGCUAGUUGACACGGCACUGCUGCCCACGCUCGCCUUUCUCGUGGACGUGCGCCACGUCUCGGUCUACGGCAGCGUCUAUGCCAUCGCCGACAUCUCCUAUUCCGUGGCCUAUGCUCUCGGGCCCAUAGUGGCGGGGCACAUAGUGCACUCGCUUGGUUUUGUGCAACUUAGCCUUGGCAUGGGCCUGGCCAACCUGCUCUACGCGCCGGUCCUGCUGCUGCUGCGCAACGUGGGCCUCCUGAGGCGCUCCCGCUCUGAGCGCGAUGUGCUGCUGGAUGAGCCACCGCAGGGUCUGUAUGAUGCUGUGCGCCUGCGUGAGCGCCCUGUGGCCGACCCAGACGGCGCCCCUCGAAGCCCUUCGGGCCCCUUUGACGAGUGCGAGGACGUCUACAACAAUUACUACACCCACAGCUAG